CAUUGUGGACGGCAUUGCUGUGCAUUUGAAAUAGUAGCCUUCAGCUAUAAACUAAACGUUAGAAAUAGCGAGUAUCUGUCAAGGUGUCUUAUGCGGAGGCAGGUGGAAUUGUUGAUGAAGGAACAUCAAGUUGCGGUGGCGCCAUGCACCUUUAAAUUCCUUACAGCCAGCCAUAAUACUGAAGAAGAGGAUGGUUUAGGUUACGGCCCCGAAGUCCAGCGACUGCGUUUGACAUUUUUAGCAAGCGAAAGGCUAAUAAUGUCUGAAAAGGAUCUGCAAAAAAAGCUGGAUCGAUGCCUUGCAGAUUGCACUGUCAAACUUGGUGCGGGCCUGGGCUUGGGAAUUGUGUUCUCUGUUGUAUUCUUCAAACGACGCACCUGGCCAAUCACAUUUGGCUUAGGAACGGGGCUUGGUAUGGCGUACACGAACUGCCAGAAUGAUUUGAGAACACCAUAUCUACUUAAGAGAAACAUGAAGGAGCUGUAGCCACACGGCAGCAAUGUCUUCUAUUUCUUUUUUUUAUUGGAUGCUGUUCUUCAUUUGUACUGACCUGUAGCCGUACUAAUUACUUUCUGUGGGUCAAAUCUUCCGUACGUUUUAAUAUAACUUAUAUGUGCCUGAACAGAUCAUACUGUGUUUAUUAAAUAAAAGGACAAAUCGUA